AUGAAAAGCAAAUACGCACAGGUGGAGACGAUCGGCAACGUGGCCGGGCGAGUCAUUAUUGUGGGCGACAUUCACGGCUGCCUCACCCAACUGCAGGAGCUGUUGGCGGCCGCGGCCUUCGUAAAGGGCAGGGAUGCGGUGAUCAGCGUUGGGGACCUGGUGAACAAGGGGCCGGACUCGGUCGGCGUCGUGCGUCUGCUGCGGGGCAUUGGCGCACGCGCGGUGCUCGGCAACCAUGACGCCAAGCUGCUCAAACUUCGGAAAAAGUUGCGCAAAAAUGGGGCGCUCACCGGGAAGCAAAGAAGCUCGAGUUUGGCCCUGCUCGCCACGACGCUGCCGCAGGAUGUUGAGGAGUAUUUGUCACGCCUGCCGCACAUUCUUCGCAUCCCCGCCCACAACCUGCUGGUGGUGCACGCGGGCCUUCACGUCCAGCGCCCUCUCGAGCAGCAGUUGGUGGAUGAGGUGACCACGACGCGCAACCUCGUUGCGCACGGGCCCGGGCCGCACACCGCGUCCGAGGAUACAACCGAGGGCGUGCCGUGGGCCUCGCUGUGGCGAGGUCCGGAGACGGUUCUCUUUGGCCACGACGCCAGACGGGGCCUCCAGCGGUACCCGUACGCGAUUGGAUUAGACACGCGGUGCGUGUACGGCGGGGAGCUCACCGCCGUCGUCUACCCCGGCGAACGCCUCAUCGCCGUGCCUGGCUGGUGUUCCCUGCCGUCGAAGGUGUGA